AUGCCAUAUGCAGCUGAUGCCAUGAGGUUCUAUAACAAAGAAGCAGGUGAAAAAUAUGAGCUGGUGGAGCCUGGUUGCCUUACACCUGUGCUACGUAAGGCAGACCUUCUUCACCACGUCGACUUCACGGCUAAGAAGGUCGAUGUUGCUGAUGCUCCAGAGGUGAUGUUUUUUGCCGAACUAACAACUACCAGUGGGGUUCGUUCUGUCAAGUUAUGCAAAUGCAUGGGGCCAAGAGACUCAAUUUCAGGAGAUAAAAACAAUGGCUGCUGUGAUUGCACGUUGUAUAAUGUUCAGCAUCCCAAGGGUGGAGGAUUCUCGCGUGGCGGUCAUGGAUUAUUUCGUGAUGACAGCGGUAGUUCUUCUUCAUCGAACUCCAAAAGUUUGCGUUUGACGGAUGUGUCUGAUCUUUCACUUGACGGCUCUAAGUGUUUGUAUUCGACGGAUGUGUCUGACUGGCCUGAUCCAGAUUACCUGGUUGCUGAACCCAGAAAGGAACGUAAGGACACAUCUAAACACGUUCAUGAUGUAGCAAGGACAUAUGCAGCUGAUGCCAUGAAUUUCUAUAACAAAAGAUCAGGUGAAAAAUAUGAGCUGGUGGACCCUGGUUCCAGUACAUCUGUGUCUCUGAAGACAUGCAUGCUUCACCAUGUCGGCUUCACAGCUAAGAAGACUGAUGUUGCAGAUGCUCCAGAGGAGAUGUUUUUUACCGAACUGACAACUAUCAGCGGGGUUCGUGACGUCAAGUUUCUCAGAUGCAUGGGGAGAAAAGACUCAAUAUCAGGAGAUAAAAACAAUGGAUGCUGUUAUUGCACGCUUGGAAAUAUUCAGCAUCCUAGAUACGGAGGAUUCUCGCGCGGCGGUCAGGGAUUAUUCCUUGAUUAUUGACAGUGAACUUUUUAUGAACAAUGUCAGUCAUGUGUAUAUAAACUUAAUUUAGAGAUGGACUAUGUUUGACGCAUGUGUGGUUGCCUUUUGAUAUUUGUGCCUCUGAAUGAAAAUCUGGGCACUGUGUUAAGCGUUGUACUGGUUGUAUUCCGAUAUGGUUAAGAGUUUUUGAGCAACUUACGGAUGAUAUAAUACUAUGGUUUGACUAUUAUUACUCCCC